AUGGUUUCCGACAGAGUGUAUCAAAUGGCAUCUCAAGAAGGCUUAACCGUUUCGUUAUAUCAAUACAUGAGACCAUUGCGACCAAACAGAAGAGAGAAGAAACGGUUGUUAGACAGCCGUACGGUUGCCUGGAAUAAGAGGGUAGAAAUGGUUAGACAAAUAUCUGUCACCAAUACAUCGGAUGAAUCAGUUCGCCAUAAGAGACUGGCCAUUAGGUCCACACAUAAGCAUUGGUGUCGAACCACUAAAACUGUAGUUUCAAUGAAAGACCUAAACCUGGAAAACACUAUAUUAUAUCCGACUUCUAUUGAAACAGUUGUCUGCAAAGGCUUUUGUCGCACUCAUCGGAGAAAACAAUACGACUGCAGACCGAGUGAUUAUAAAGACAUCAAAUUUGUAUUUCUGGACAACAACUCCAAUCCCAAGAUUAAGAAUACAAUGAAAAUAGAAAUGAAUGCAAACAAUAUUAUCGUUGGGUGUAUAUUAGCGGCGGCUUUAAUAUUGGUUUUGAUAGUGGCCGGGGCUUUACCGGUGGGCCGACCGGAUCCCGACGUCUGUGCGGCCGACGGCGCCACCGGAGGCGCCGAUCCCUUCAUCGACGGCGCCAUCGCUUUGAGUCCUUUGCCGAAAGUGAUGGCAGCGAUGAGUGCCGUCGUGUCGUUCAUGAGUGAUGUUUGGGUCUGA